CCCGUCCCCCGCCCGCCGCGGCAGCAUGUCCGGCUCCGGCAGGAAAGACUUCGACGUGAAGCACAUCCUGCGCCUCCGCUGGAAACUGUUCAGCCACCCCUCGCCGGCGGGCGGCCCGGCGGGGGGCGGCUGCCUGUCGCCCGACAGCAGCUUCGAGCACUGGGGCCCCAGCCAGAGCCGCCUGCUGAAGAGCCAGGAGAGAGGCAACAGCGCCUUCUGGAAGAAAUCCGCCUCCUCCGCCGCCUCCUCGGCGGCCACCACGGCCAGCCCGCCCAACGGGACGCUGCUGCCUGCCGGCGGCCGGCCGGCCGGGGGGCACGGGCUGGGGCACGGGCACGGGCCGGGGCCGCCGCCGCCCCGCACCGUCUUCUACGUGGAGUCCCUGGAGGAGGAGGAGGAGGCGGAGGCGGUGCCCGGCGGGAUGGAGGUGGCCCGGGAGCCCGAAAAGCCCUUGGCGCCGCCGGAGCAGGAGGAGGCUCCGGGGGGCUGCGCGGAUGGAGGCAGCCGGGCAACAGGUGACGGCAGCGGGCACAGACUGUCAGGUGCCAGCCACCCCUUGCCACCCCACUGUGACAUGGAUUCAUGUAGCUCUGAGGAGUUCUAUCAGGCUGUUCACCAUGCAGAGCAAACCUUCAGAAAGAUGGAGAGCUACCUGAAGCAACAGCAGCUCUGUGAUGUUAUCCUGAUUGCUGGGAAUCGCAAGAUACCUGCUCAUAGACUUGUCCUCAGUUCUGUCUCUGACUACUUUGCUGCCAUGUUUACAAGUGAUGUUUGUGAAGCCAAGCAAGAAGAGAUCAAAAUGGAAGGCAUAGACCCCAAUGCACUGUGGGAUCUUGUUCAGUUUGCAUAUACAGGCUGCUUAGAGUUGAAAGAAGACACUAUUGAAAACCUUCUAGCAGCUGCCUGCCUCCUCCAGCUCCCACAAGUAGUAGAGGUUUGCUGCCAUUUUCUAAUGAAGCUUUUGCACCCAUCCAACUGUUUGGGAAUAAGAGCAUUUGCUGAUGCCCAAGGAUGCACAGAGCUUAUGAAGGUGGCUCACAACUAUACCAUGGAGAAUAUAAUGGAAGUUAUAAGAAAUCAAGAAUUCUUACUUCUACCGGCUGAAGAACUCCAUAAACUCCUUGCUAGUGAUGAUGUGAAUGUUCCUGAUGAAGAGACCAUUUUCCAUGCCUUAAUGAUGUGGGUCAAGUAUGAUACGCAGAGGCGAUGCAAUGACCUAAGUAUGCUACUUGCUUAUAUCAGAUUACCGCUGCUUCCACCUCAGAUAUUGGCUGACCUAGAAAACCAUGCACUUUUUAAGGAUGACCUAGAAUGCCAGAAGCUUAUUCUGGAAGCCAUGAAAUACCAUCUUUUACCAGAAAGAAGAACUCUCAUGCAAAGUCCAAGAACUAAACCUAGAAAAUCUACAGUUGGGACACUUUAUGCUGUUGGAGGAAUGGAUAACAACAAAGGUGCUACAACUAUUGAAAAGUAUGAUCUCAGAACGAAUAUAUGGAUACAGGCUGGAGUGAUGAACGGCAGGAGGCUUCAGUUUGGUGUUGCUGUCAUCGAUGACAAGCUGUUUGUCAUUGGAGGCCGGGAUGGUUUAAAGACAUUAAAUACUGUUGAAUGUUACAAUCCAAAGACCAAGGCAUGGACUGUGUUACCACCAAUGUCAACACAUAGACAUGGCUUAGGAGUUACAGUGCUUGAAGGGCCUAUUUAUGCAGUGGGAGGACAUGAUGGUUGGAGUUAUUUGAAUACAGUUGAGAGGUGGGACCCUCAGAGUCAGCAGUGGACGUUUGUGGCAAGUAUGUCAAUUGCCAGAAGCACUGUUGGAGUAGCAGCAUUAAAUGGCAAGUUAUAUUCAAUUGGAGGUCGGGAUGGAAGUUCGUGUUUGAGUUCAAUGGAAUAUUACGAUCCUCACACAAAUAAAUGGAAUAUGUGUGCUCCUAUGUGUAAGAGAAGAGGAGGUGUAGGAGUGGCUACAUGUGAUGGAUUUCUAUAUGCAGUUGGAGGCCAUGAUGCUCCUGCUUCUAACCACUGUUCCAGACUGCUGGACUAUGUAGAAAGGUAUGACCCAAAAACUGAUACAUGGACAAUGGUGGCUCCACUGAGUAUGCCUCGAGAUGCUGUUGGUGUCUGUCUCCUUGGUGACAAAUUAUAUGCAGUAGGUGGCUACGAUGGUCAAACAUACCUGAACACUAUGGAAGCUUAUGACCCUCAAACUAAUGAAUGGACACAGAUGGCUUCCCUAAAUAUUGGAAGAGCUGGUGCCUGUGUUGUAGUCAUCAAACAACCAUGACUGUCAGCACUGAUUAGAAUUUUACUGACUGUGAAAUUAUUAUUUUUCUAUCAGACAAUAAGAAUGAUAACUUAAUGAGAACAAGGAUUUAAACAGUGAAUAUGGUGUUGAUCACAAACUUGAAGAAGUUUGGAAGUGAGAAAGAUUUAAUUAUUUAUGCCCUAUAAAAUCAUAAAACCUGUUCAUGAUCAGUGUUCAUGAUCAUGAAAAAAAAAAUCAAGCUGUUGUAGGCAUAAAUAUGUGAACAUGGAGUAGUAAGUUCAGGUACUGUUCUCAUGAAUUUGUUCUGGAGAACUGGAUAAUCAAGGGACAGCUCUGCAGAAGGAGCAGGAGGGAAUACAAGAAUGGUUUUAAUGUCCACAAGACUUUUAACUGCAGAAACAUUAAAGUACAUUUAAUCACUUUUAAACUGUGUUUUUUUAAAAGACAAAAGUAGAUAGUAAUAUAAAAUCAUCUGUUUAGGUCUCGUCUUCAAAUGGGUUAUGGCCUUUUCAUUUAAACAGACAGUUUGGUUCUUACUGAAGGGAAGAGGUUGCAAAGUCUGGAUAUUCAGGUUUCAUUCAUAAUGACUGACCUGUUGCUCUACAGUAGGAAGGAAAAAAAGAAUAAAAGUAAACCUCCAAGGUGACUCUUUUUUGGUAACUUCAGAUUUUACCUCCAUGCCUGUGUUAAUAUAUCGUGUAAGGGAGCGUAUUGAAAGGGAAGCCUGUGUGUUUAACCUAAUUGUACACAAAGCAAUCCUUUGGCUUCACUAGGGCUUUGUUACAAAUAUGGGAGGCAAAAUAACAGUUUCCUAAUUCUUAAUCUUAUAUUCAAAUUAAGCAUGUGGGUUCUGAUCUCGUUGUUUAAUGCAUCUUCUGCAUGUUGGAAGCUCAUGAAAAGCUGGAAAAUUAAUACUGUUCCUUCACUGCAUCAUGUAACCAAUGAACCAUGACCAGAACAGUUCAUAGAGCCUCUUCUAACAUUUCAGGAGGGGUAAAAACACUACAUUUUAUUUAUUUCUAAUGCUUGUACAUACACAACUUUUCCUGAUUAAAGCUGCCAAUUUAUGACUUUCCACUUAUGACUGAGAAUAACUGCAAGGAGGGAAUUGAAAAUAAAUGCAAGUCGGAUAAGGAAAAUUAGACCAUUUGAUCUAAUAAAGUUCAUAUGGUAAAUAUACUAGUGUCAUCUGUGCUUCCCUUUAGGGUUGACCAUUUCUGGCAGUAAGGAUGCUUUGAGCUUUUGCCUUGGCAGUAGAUUUGACACUGAUGCUUUCUAUCUGCUCAGCUAAAUCAAUUCAAAUCCUAAGGCCACUAAUGGAAUAUGAAAUUCUGCUAUUCAGAGAGGCAUAGGCUCUGGGAGAAGAACUACCAAGUAUACCUCUUCCUUAAAGCCUAGCUGAUCUUUAAGGAAACAUUUCAUGGUCCAGAAGCAGAAACCUCACAAUCCUCUGUCUAGCAAUUUUGAGAAGCAAUUCUGGUUGUAGUUAAAAGAGUUUUCUUAGCAAAACCCUUUGAAACCAUUUGAGUUUAAAAAAUACAUACAGCCACCUACUUGGGACAUUUGAUUUGACAAUCUGUCUUUCCUUCUAACAGCAUCAGCAUGGAUGGAGAUCUUUGUUCCCUGACACAAAUUGAACUUCAGUUGUGAAGCCUAAGUGUAUUGGUUUAAAUCUUUUAAAUGCUUCUCUGUUCUAAUUAGAAAUCAGCUGCAAAAUCUUCAAUAUUAGUUUUCCCCAGUGAGUUGGUUUAUGAAUUGCAAUUAGUCUUCCACAAAGAAGCAUGUCCAUUUUUACACAACUAUAACAACUUAUUGAAUAAAAGAUGUUACAGCUCUACAAAUUUUGCUUCACAAAAUCAUAAGCUUCUGAGACUAAACCAAGAAGAUUCUAGAAUUAUAAUUACAAUUAAAUAUAGAAAUUAGCAUUUAGUUCACCUACAGAUACCUAAUGAACUUAGGAAUUUAAUUUUAACUUUAUUCCCUGAACUUCCUUUUGAUUACAUUAUAUUCAUACACAAUAGAAAUAUGAUUACUCUACCUAUAUACUGACCUUCAAGAAAGGAUUACUUCUAUUAAUUGCAGCCCAUGGCAGAUUUUGUUUGUGUACCUUGAUCAUUGUUAUCUUCAAUUUAUCCUCAAUUUAUUUUUUUAUUCUCAAUUUCCUUUUACACAUUUUCAAAUUGCCUUUAUUUAUCCAAAAAGAAAUAUUAUUCCCGUGAUUUUUUUCAUUUAUUCCACCUCUCUUAUGCUGAAAGAAUAAAAUUAUUUAUUUUUUUAUUUAGAUUAUGUAAAAUCUAGCCACAAUAAAAACCAAAUCUGACUUCCAGAUUCCUUUUACACACCUACAUCAAUAUAUUCUGCAGUUUCUUCUAAACAGAAUUUAGGGAUAAUUUUUUGAUAAAAUUUUAAGUUUUUCUUACUGUUUUGUUAACUCUGCUGUUAUUAAAAACAAUAAUAGUUUCACCUUUUAUUUCAAGGGAUUGGAUUAAAAAAUAUAUAUAUAAUCUUAGUCUUGGUUUCUGUGAUCCAUUGAGAUCCCUUUUUUAUGUCUAAGACUUAAAAUUGCUUCUGAUAGGCAGACUUGUACUAAACAAUAUUACAUUAUAGGAAAUUUAUCUCAUCAUUGUUAAUGUAUCAUGGUACCUUUUCUUUCAUAUGAUCCCUUUGAUUUCACAGUAUGAAAAUCACCGUGGAAUCAGAUCUGCAACAAAUAUUAAUUUCAGUGAAAUCAAUAAUUAAAAUCCUCAAAAUUCUGCUUGUAAAUGUUGUAGCUUAUUAUCCUGAAUAAUUCUGAAAUAUUAGCAUUUUCUCUUCACUUUUCCAUUCUUUUAUUCAUUUUAGCAUGCUUUUUUUCCAGAAUGUUAACUAGUUUUACUAGAAAGUCUGUUUCACACUAGCCUGUGCGUAUACAUAGGCCUUAUACCUAUUUUCUUCCUGUUGCCCAAUCUUAUAUAAGAACACCUUUUGUAUUAAUCUAACAUAAGUAAAACUAAUAAAAAUUAAGGUCCUCAGGGGUAACUCAAAUUAAGGUCCUCUGGGACUACUGCAAAGCCUUGCAUUUCUCUGUUCUAUGGGUCAAAACCUCCUCUUUUUUAUUUAUUUGAGAUUUUAUUUCUUUCAUUCUUGCUGCUUCUGGUUUUGAAAUAGGAGGAAUGUGAAGGACAUAAUGCUAGAAAAUCUAUUUAUAAAUGGACAAGUCUAUACAGAUUUUUAUGUGAAGACAGGGAAAACAAUACUGGCAGGAAGUAGUCAUUCUUGUGCCUGAAGACUUGUAUUCAAAAACUGGCAUAGACAUAAGGAAAUCAGAAUCAUAGAAUGGUGUGGGUUGGAAGGAACCUUAGAGAUCACCUAGGUCCAGCCCCUUCUACUAGACACCUUCCACUAGACCAGGCUGCUCUAAGCCCCAUCCAUCCUGGCCUUGAACACUGCCAGGGAUGGGGCAUCCACAGCUUCUCUGGGCAACCUGUUCCAGUGCCUCACCACCCUCACAGUAAAGAAUUUCCUUCUAAUACCUAAUCUAAAUCUACCAUCUUUCAGCUUAAAGCCAUUCCCCCUUUUCCUGUCACUACUUGCCCUUGUAUAAAGUCCCUCUCCAGCUUCCUUGAGGUACUGGAAGGCUGCUAUAAGGUCUCCCUGGAACCUUUUCUUCUCCAGGCUCAACAACCCCAACCUUCUCAGCCUGUCUUCACAGAAGAGGUGCUCCAGCCCUCUGAUCAUCUCCAUCUCUCUCCUCUGGAAUUACUCCAACAAAUCCGUGCCCUUCUUAUGUUGGCAGCCCCCAGAGAUGAACAGAGUACUCCAGGUGGGGUCUCAUGAGAGUGGAGUAGAGGGGGAGAAUCACCUCCCUCAACCUGCUGCUCAUGAUUCUUUUGAUGCAGCCCAGGAUAUGGUUCGAUUUCUGGGAUGCAAGCAUACAUUGGCAGGCUAUAUUGAACUUUUUGUCCACCAACACUACGUCAUUCUCUCAAGGCUGCUCUCAAUCCACUUAUCAUCCAGCCUGUAUUGCUUGGGAUUGCUCUGACCCACAUUCAGGACCUUGCACUUGGCCUUGUGGAACUCCAUGAGGUUCUCAUGGGCCCAUCUUUCAAGCCUGUCAAGGUCCCACUUGAUGGCAUCCUUUCCUUCCAGCAUGUAGAUCGCACCACACAGCUUGGUGUUGUUGGCAAACUUACUGAGGGUGCAGUAAAUCCCAGUGUCCAUAUUGCCAAUAAAGAUGUUAAAAAUGUCAGUCCCAAUACCAGCCCCUGAGGAGUGCCACUUACCACUGGUCUCCACUUGGAUAUUGAACUGUUGACCACACAUCUUUGAGUGCACCCAUCCAGCUAAUUCCUUAUCCACUCAGUGGUCCAUCAAUCAAAUCUGUGUCUCUUCACUUUAUAGACAAGGAUAUCAUGCAGGACAGUGUCAAUUGUCAUGGUGGAUGACAUCAGUCACUAUUCCCUCAUCCUUCAAUGCUGUAACCCCAUCGUAGAAGGCCACCAAAUUUUUCAGGCCCAAUGUGCUUUUAGGGAAGCCAUGCUGACUGUCACCAACCUCCUCCUUAGUUUCCAUGUGACUUAGCAUAGUUUCCAGGAGGAUCUGCUCCAUGGUCAGAGGUGAGACUGACUGGCCUAUAGUUUCCUGGGUCUUCCUUUUUUUCCCUUUGUAAAAAAGGGACUUAAUUUUCCGCUUUUGCAGUGAGGAGAAACUUCACUGCACUGCCAUGACUUCUCAAAUAUGAUGGAUAGUGGCUUAACAACUUCAUCCACCAGUUCCCUCAGGACAAACAGAUGCAUCUCAUCAGGUCCCAUGGUCUUGUGUACCUUCAGGUUCCUUAGACGGUCCUGAACCUGAUCUUCUCCAGUUGUGGGUCGUUCUUCAUUCUCCCAGUUCCUGCCUUUGCAUUUUGUGACUUGGGCAAUAUGGCUGGAGUACGUGCUGGUAAAGACUGAGGGAAACAAGUCGUUGAGUACCUCAGCCUUCUUGAUAUCCCAGGUAACCAGGUCUCCUGUUUCCCUGUGGAGAGGGCCCACAUUUUCCCUGCUCUUCCUUUUAUCACUGAUGUAUCUGUAGAAGCUUUUCUUGUUGCCCUUGAUGUCCCUGGCCAGAUUUAAUUCUAUCAAGGUUUCAGAUUUCUUAACCUGAUCCCUAGCUGCUCAGACAAUUUCUCUGUACUCUUCCCAGGCUGUGGUUGAAAUCUCCUAUGAGAACCAGGGUUUGUGAAUGUAAGACUGCUCCUAUCUGUCUAUAGAGGACCUCAUCUGCUUGGUCUUCCUGGUUGGGUGGCCUAUAGCAGACCCCCACUAUAAUGUCAACUGUCCCUGCCCUUCCUUUCAUCCUGACCCAUAAACUCUUGGCCAGCUCCUCCUCUGUCCCCAGGAGCUCCAUGCACUCUGGCUGAUUGUUGACAUACAGGGCAACACCCCCUUCCUCAUCUCCACUGUCUGUUCUUCCUAAAGAGCCUGUAUCCUUCCAUUCCAAUGUCUCUGUGAUGACAGUAAGAUCAUAGGCCUGCAGGUGUGUGCACAUCUCUUAACAUCUCUAAAUGUUGUUUCUAGACAACAUUUGAGGCUUUAUAAAUAUGGAAUAAUUCAAAUUGAACUCAAUAGAAAAACUGAUCAAGCAAAAUAGGUAAAUAUUUUUCUAUUACUCUGAGGGUGCCAUUUUCAAGUUGUUUUUACCAAUACAGUAGUGUUAAAAAAUCCAUUUUGGAAAAGAAAGACUAUCGUGUGAUCCUCUGUUGUUUAUGGAACUGUUGAUUACCUUGUAGUUUUGAGCCUUUCCUUUUAGUUAUUUUUUACAUUUACAUUUUUUAUUAUUGACAGUGAGGGAUGCUAGAAAUAUAAUCAGUAUUAAUGAAGAUCUAUGUAGAAAAACGUAAUUUAAUAGUCAUUAUGUAGUAGAGCUCUUUAUUAUUGCCAUUUUGUGGUCCAAUGUUAUUGAUAUUUUUUCAUUGAAAUCAAAGCCACAAACAAGGCAAUAAAAACAUUUGAAGGUAAGAAUGUUGUUACUUUGUCCUUAAAUAUAAUUAUUCAAUACAUAUUUGUACAUGUGUUUUUGCAAUGAAAAUACUAAUAUUGUUUAAAAGUAAAAGUAAAUGUUAAAAAAUCAUUUUGCAUAUAGAACAGACUUCUAAUCAUAUGAAACUGGGCAAAUUAUGAAGGCAAUUUAAGGAUGCUUUCAGGAAGUUUCCUGUCUCAUAACAUUACUCUCUUAAGCUAACAUUAAUUGACUUAAGGGAACCAUUUUGGCAAAGACAAAGAAUUAUUUCCUUGAAUAUCAUUCUCUUCUACAAUGAACUGCCAUUAAUUAACCAUUAUUUAAAAAGCACUCAUGUUAAAAUGUAUCUAAAAGGCUCUCUAUAUUAUUCAGAUUGUUUUAUAUGUUUAGCAGGUCCAAAUAAAUUCCCAUUAAUAUAUUUGCCAGUGACUUAAACACUUUUCAAUUACAUCAAUAAAAAUAACUCACAAAUGAAUUUGAAGUUAUGCAAGUUUUAAUGGCUCAGUCCUUGAUGUCUCUGAACAAACACCAGAAAUGUGCAUCAUGAUUAUGAACAAAAUACAAAUUUUCUGUAACAGAAUUCACACUCUAGAAGUCUUUCCUUAUUACUGUGCUCACAGUGGACUGGAUAUAACAGAAUGUACCCUGUUACAUAUGACUUUGAAGUAGUUAUUUCACAAGGAAUGAAUAGAGAAGGCAAUUCUGCAAAGGCUUAAAAAAAGUUCCUGUAACUGUUAUCAAAUAGCAAUAAUAAAUUACAAUAAUUCUGUAAUAUUGUGGGAAACUUAGACAAUGACUAUGUGCAUGUAUGGAAUCUGGUGACACAACACCAAGUAUGAAACUGUUUACUUAUAUAAAGUUCACAGCCUGGAACAGGACCUAGUGCACUUUUUUGACAUUAAAUCUCCCAUACAUAUACUUGUGUUUAGUUUUAUGUCCUCACAAUCCAGCUGCACAUUGGCUCUUGUAAAACACUGCUUUGCUACCUUUCUCCCUUCCCCACUCCCAGUUUCUGUUUAUAUUGCAGAGGCUUUCUGCCAUUAGACGUAUUUUCUCACAGAUUUCUGAUGAAAGCAAGAAGUAUAAUAAUACACUAUACCAGUAACAAAUUACUUACAACUCUAUAUGCAAAGUGGGUGUGCAUGUCAUAAAAAUAAAAGGUUUAUUUUUCUUUUCCAAAGUAAAAUUUCUUUGAUAGGUCUUCAGUCUUUUAAAUAUCUACACAUUGAAAAAAAAAUGUAAACUUUCUAAAAAUGUAAAUAUUUUUAAUAUGGAGCUUCCAACUAUUUACAAAUUACUCCAACUUUACAAAACUGUGUGUUUAGUCAUGCAAUAUUUAUCAUGAUCCCAGUGCUGGCAUCCAGAUCUCUUGUAGAUGUUCAUGUUUGUGAAUGUGUGUCAUUGUCUCCAGAUUUUUUCUAUUCCAAAGGA